ACUGCACUCAUGUCAAUGGAGAGUGACAGUGUGAGAAAAUAACUCCGCGAGUGCGAGAGGUUUUUGCGCAAAAUCCAAAAGACGACGGAAGGUAUUUUCCAAUUCAACUUUUUGCCAACCACCCAAUCUCAUCAGUUGGUCAAACUGUUGCAUUCGCGCGCGAUUGAGAUCAACACGGUGGGUCCUCCCCCACAUUGAUCCUCACAAAUUGUUGCAAAAAAAAAAAACGACGGGAAAGCUGCAAAUCGCCCUUCCACAAUUUUUACUAUUUUUUUUUGCCAGACCCCGUGUGACGUUGGUGUUCCUCGCAAGUUAAAAGAAUUAAGUUUUCAUUGAGUUUUCUUGAAAGAAUUAAAAUAAGAAUUUGUUAAAGUAAAAUUGGUAAGAGAUUAAUGUCUCUUUUGUCGUGCUAUAAUGCUUUGUGAUGUAGCAUUGCCGUGAUGUUGGGUGAUCACAUAGAAUGACAUGCUGUGAUUGUUGGCCUUUGGCGACAAUAUGAGAAUAUGAUUCCCCUUGAUUUUCUUUAACAUUUCCUCAACAUCUUCAAACGUCUUUCAACAUCCCCAAACAUCCACCCAACUCCUUGUGGGAUUUUUUCUUUGUAAAUAAAUUGCGGAAAAACGCAAAGAAAUUGCGAUAAAUCGCAAGAAAUCGCGUGAAAUUGCCAACAAAAAGUGCAUCAAUAUGUGUCUUUUAGUGCUAAAAGCGGGACUUGUAGUGUAAAAAAGUUUUAAUAAAAGACUUUUUAUUUUAAAUUUUAAUGGGAAAAGGUUAAAAAUAAAGUGUAAAGUGCAAUUAGGAAUUGUUAGGUGCAAUUAGGCGUGUGAAAAUCGCACAUUUGGAGGCAAUUUUGGCGCUCCUUGUGAAGAAGAAGGACUAGUGGGUGCUAGCCAGGCAACAUAGAGCCUAGUUCGUUAUUUUUUUUUUUGAAAUACAAAAGAAAAAGGUCCCGUGACAGUGCCUGGUUCGAACAGUUGAGCGCGAGAAAUUGCAGCAGCCAGCACAAGGAAAUAAUUUGAUGUUUGGAUUACUGGUGUCUGGAGCAAAUCUGUGGAGUCGCGCCGACCGGCCCCGUUCCGAGGGGCCAUGACGUGUUGGCCCUUUCCAGUGCUCCUCCUGCUCACAGCAGCGACCAUUGUGGUCGCUGCAGCCCAUGCUGAUGGCUCCCCGAGGGAUCACAACAAUGAAGGAUUCUUCGGACGCUUCCAAACUGAGGGCUACAGCAAACCCGAACAGCAAACAACACACCCCGAAAAGACUGUCCUCACUGUUGGUUACCUCACGGCCAUCAAGGGCGAACUCAAGGACAAGCAGGGGCUCGCCAUUUCGGGUGCCCUCACAAUGGCACUCGAUGAGAUCAACAAGAACCCCAACAUUCUGCCCAAUGUGAGUUUGGUGUUGCGAUGGAAUGAUACAAGAGGUGACACCGUAUUGGCCACACGAGCCAUCACAGAGAUGAUUUGUGAUGGAGUGGCGACAUUUUUUGGACCAGAAGGCCCCUGCCACGUUGAGGCUAUUGUAUCGCAGAGUCGCAAUAUUCCAAUGAUUUCAUAUAAAUGCUCCGAUUACAUGGCAUCCACCAUUCCAACGUUUGCAAGAACCGAGCCACCAGACACCCAGGUCACCAAGUCCAUAAUUUCCCUCCUCAAUUACUACGGCUGGAAGAAAUUCUCCAUAAUCCACGAGGAAUUGUGGACAGCUGUGGCGAAUAAUCUCCAGGAGCAGGCAAAGGAGAAGAACAUGACGGUUAAUCAUAUGCUAGCCGUUGUGGAUAAUCAUAAAUGCUGUGAAAAUAGCAUGGAAUGCUGCCGGAGUGGGUACUGGUAUCAAGUUGUUCAAAACACAAUGAACCGGACACGGAUCUAUGUUUUUCUGGGUCCUGUCUAUGCUCUUGUUAACAUGAUGGAAGCCAUGGAUGCGGUGCAAUUGUUCGCAAAGGGUGAAUAUAUGGUGAUUUUUGUUGACAUGAUGACGUACUCAACGCGUGAAGCGCAAAAGUACAUCUGGAAGCCGGAUCAUCUCAACAAGCACUCCUCAUGCAAUGAAUUGGAUAAUUUUAAGCAACGCGCCAAGAGUCUUCUUGUCAUUGUUUCAUCCCCACCGGCGGAGAAUUAUCAGAAUUUUACGGAACAAGUGAGGGAAUUCAACAAAAAGGAACCCUUCUAUUUCUCCACGCCUGUCUUCUUCAAAAACUACCAAAAGUUUGUGUCUAUUUAUGCGGCUUAUCUGUAUGAUUCUGUGAUGUUGUAUUCAUUGGCGUUGGAUAAAUUAUUAAAAGAGGAACCACGACCCCUUACGCCGGAACUUAUUCAAGAGAUAGCAAGCAAUGGCACAAAGAUAAUUGAGACGAUCAUCAACAAUAAGACGUAUAAAAGUAUUACCGGAGCAACGAUAAAAAUUGACGGAAAUGGCGAUUCAGAAGGAAAUUUUUCCGUACUAGCCCUCAAGCCAUUCCAUUGGAGUGAAGAGAACUUUUCCUGUGACUACCACAUGAUGCCAGUGGCGUAUUUUCAGCAAGGAGAAGAUUUUCCAGAAUACAAAAUCAUCAAUGCAUCCGUAAAGAUAGACUGGCCAGGUGAUGAUCGUCCCUUCGAUGAACCCUCCUGUGGGUUUAUGAAUGAACUCUGCCCACGCGAUGAUACCCACAUUACGUCAAUGGUUGUAGCGGGAAUCCUUGCUCUUGUCCUCUUUUGCGCGGGCGUCAUCACGAUGAGCAUUUACCGAAAGUGGAAGAUUGAGCUUGAAAUUGAGGGUCUCCUGUGGAAGAUUGAAUCUCACGAGAUCAAGGGUUACUUUAACAAUGACAUUGUGUCGUCACCGAGUAAACUCAGCCUUGCAAGUGCGGCCUCCUUCAAUUCCCGCUGCUCCAAUCAGGUGUUCACGACAACGGGGCGCUUCCGGGGGGUUGUGAUACGCAUAAAAGAGUUGAAAUUUGCAAGGAAGAAAGACAUCUCACGUGAUAUCAUGAAGGAGAUGCGCCUCCUACGGGAUCUCCGACAUGAUAAUAUUAAUAGCUUUAUUGGGGCAUGUGUGGAGCCUAUGAGAAUCCUACUAGUCACUGAUUACUGCGCCAAGGGGAGCCUCUACGACAUUAUCGAGAAUGAGGACAUCAAGCUCGAUGAUCUCUUCAUAGCUUCACUUGUGCACGACUUAAUUAAGGGAAUGAUUUAUAUUCACAACUCAGCUUUAAUAUUCCAUGGAAACCUCAAAUCGUCAAAUUGUGUCGUAACGUCCCGUUGGAUGCUGCAAGUGACGGACUUUGGGUUGCACGAUUUGCGACAUUGUGCCGAGAAUGAGUCAAUUGGGGAGCAUCAGCACUACCGCAGUCAAUUCUGGAAGGCCCCCGAAUUGCUGCGUAAUCCAACAAUUUAUGGCAGCCAAAAGGGUGAUAUUUAUGCAUUCGCAAUAAUUCUCUAUGAGAUUAUAAGUCGCAAGGGCCCCUUUGGGCCGACGGGCUAUGAGCCAAAGGAGAUCAUUGAGAUGGUAAAGCGCAUUCCCCUGGACAAUGAGGAACCAUUUAGGCCGGAUCUUGAGUGUAUAACCGAAAUGGACAAUUGCCCGGACUACGUUCUCAAUUGCAUCGAAGACUGCUGGAAUGAGAAUCCAGAUCUAAGGCCGGACUUUGGGGCAGUGAGAACUCGACUGAAGAAGAUGCGCGGGGGAAAGUCAAAGAAUAUCAUGGAUCAAAUGAUGGAGAUGAUGGAAAAGUAUGCAAAUAAUUUGGAAGACAUUGUGAAUGAAAGGACGAGACUUUUGUGUGAGGAAAAGAAGAAAACCGAAGACUUACUCCAUCGGAUGCUCCCGCAGUCCGUUGCUGAGAGUCUAACCCGUGGACGGGGUGUUGAGCCCGUUUCCUUUGACUGCGUAACAAUCUACUUUAGUGACAUUGUUGGCUUCACGGCAAUGUCCGCCGAGAGUACCCCACUGCAGGUUGUUAACUUCCUCAAUGAUCUCUACACUGUCUUUGAUCGCAUCAUCAAAGGGUAUGAUGUUUACAAAGUUGAAACAAUUGGAGAUGCUUAUAUGGUGGUGUCUGGUUUGCCAAUUCGCAACGCCGAUCGGCAUGUUGGUGAAAUUGCUUCAAUGUCAUUGGAUCUCCUACAAGCCGUCCGGACGCAUAAGAUCUCCCAUCGCCCGAAUGAAACACUCAAAUUGCGCAUUGGAAUGCAUUCCGGGCCCGUUGUUGCUGGUGUUGUGGGUCUCACAAUGCCCCGGUACUGCCUCUUUGGGGACACCGUGAACACAGCAUCGCGCAUGGAAUCCAAUGGGGAAGCCCUCAAAAUUCACAUUUCAGCUUCUUGCAAGCAGGCCCUUGACAAACUCGGGGGGUAUAUCACGGAGAAACGUGGUCUCAUUCCGCUUAAGGGCAAAGGUGAAGUUGUAACGUAUUGGUUGAUUGGUGCAACGGAAAAGGCUAUUCAGCGGAAGGAAGUUGCCCUGGAGGAUAUGCCGCCACCGCUAUUUUGUCGCCCCCGACGGAGCCCCAGGCUGAACUGUGACUCCCGCCAGCCAAGCCUCAUUGGAGCCGCACACUUUGGUAACACCUUCCGAAGAUCCUCACUUACGCUUCAAUCAAAUGACUUGUCUUCCUCCGAAGGCGCAGGCAGCAGGCGUCAAUCAGCGGUGCCGCGUGCUGAUGUUGAGAGUACGUGCAGCCUUCAGGGGUCAAUUGUGCACAACAUUCGGGACUCCCCGAGGCCGACGCAUCGGAAGCUAGAACGCGUACCGCUGUAUCUCAACGAAGAAUCUCACCAUGUGCUCGAGCAUGCUGAGUGCUGUGAACCAGUCAAUGGUGCCGAUUGUCCAAAGAAACCCUUUGCAAUGAUAAAACCCCGUCAGGUGCUACGGAGUAUUGCAUCGAGUGAUGAAUAUGGGAAAUUUGGGGCUGAAGGUGUCCUCCGGGAGAGUCGUUCACUCGACCCCUUCCCCAGUCAACCACGUCGCAGGGAUAUCUUCAAGUUGCCAAUGAAGUUCGUCAAGAAGGGUUCGCGCUCGUUGGAAGCCGAAGUUGCAACACCGCCCAUUCGGUGCGGCUCCAAAGCUUCAAUGGCGGGAACGGGCGCCAUUUUGAAUAAUCAUCAAGUUGCUGAGCAUUCGAACAACAAUUGCAACGGCAGCAUUGGCACGGAGGACGCCAAUUGCCCCCUGCUGCAGCGUCAGGGUAGCCUCACGAGCCCCGUUGAUGAGCUUCUCUUUCAGGCAAAACGCUGGCAUAGCCUUGAAUCCGUCGCCAUGGACAAUGAGUCCACCGGCGGCAGGAAGAAACCCCUCGCACGGGCAUCCAUACGCUCAUGGCUGGUGGGUCUCUUCCAGGGCAAUGCCCUCAAAAGCAGCGACGCCUCCCUGAGGAAAGUCUGUACGGUACAGAGUGGCGUGAAGCCGGCCUUCAACGAUCUCGCAUCCGUGGAAAAGGAGAGCAUCGUCUGAGCGCCACGCCUUCCUCGCGUGAAUUGCGUGUGAUCAAAAUUUAAAUAAUUCUUUUCUUCUAUUCCUAAACAUUUGCCCCCGCCCGAAAUAGGGCGCACGCAAAGUAAUCCCUUCUAUAUAUAGGAUUUAUUAAUUAACUUAUUUUCUCAUUACUUAUUUAUCAUUAUUUUAAUUUAUAUGGUAGUAAUUGUUUUUUUUUUAAAGCUCCUUUCGGCUAUGACGUGGCAAUGAUUAUUUUUUAUUAGAACAAAAUCUCGAGCCUUUCACGCGAGGAAUUAUCCGAGGAAAUUCCGACAAAAGUCCAUUUUUUUUUUGUAAACUUUAUGAAUUUAUCGUUGAGAGAAAGACAAUGCGGUAGCGAGAAA